AUGUCGUUCCUUGAAGAGGCGAGCGCAGCGGGGCGCACAGUGGCCCUGGCGCUGGUGCUGCUGCUGCUCCCCGCCGUGCUCGUGGGCGCCAGCGUUCCGCCGCGGCCCCUGAUCCCGCUGCAGCCCAGCAUGCCCCACGUGUGUGCUGAGCAGGAGCUGACCCUGGUGGGCCGCCGCCAGCCGUGCGUGCAGGCCUUCAGCCACACGGUGCCAGUGUGGAAGGCCGGCUGUGGGUGGCAGGCGUGGUGCAUGGGCCAUGAGCGGAGAACUGUCUACUACAUGGGCUACAGGCAGGUGUAUACCACGGAGACCCGGACCGUGCUCAGGUGCUGCCAAGGGUGGACGCAGCAGCCCGGCGAGCAGGGCUGCCUCUCGGCUGAAUGCAGUGCCGGCUUCUGUUUUCACGGCGGCCCUUGUGCGCCAGGCUCAGCCCAGCCGUGUCACUGUCCCUCCGGCUUCCAGGGACCCCGCUGUCAGUAUGACGUGGACGAAUGCCGAACCCACAACGGGGGCUGCCAGCAGCGGUGCGUAAACACCCUGGGCUCCUACCUCUGUGAGUGCAAGCCCGGCUUCCGGCUCCACACUGACAGCAGGACCUGCCUGGCCAUUAACUCCUGUGCCCUGGGCAAUGGCGGCUGCCAGCACCACUGUGUCCAGCUCACAAUCACUCGGCAUCGCUGCCAGUGCCGGCCCGGGUUCCAGCUCCAGGAGGACGGCAGGCGCUGUGUCCGGAGAAGCCCGUGUGCUGACAGGAAUGGCGGCUGCAUGCACAGGUGCCAGGUGGUCAGGGGCCUCGCCCACUGUGAGUGCCACGCAGGCUAUCAGCUAGCAGCGGAUGGCAAGGCCUGUGAAGAUGUGGACGAAUGUGCCGCAGGGCUGGCCCAGUGUGCCCAUGGCUGCCUCAACACCCAGGGCUCCUUCAAGUGUGUGUGUCACGCGGGCUACGAGCUGGGCGCUGAUGGCCGGCAGUGCUACCGGAUCGAGAUGGAAAUUGUGAACAGCUGUGAGGCCAACAACGGCGGCUGCUCCCAUGGCUGCAGCCACACCAGCGCUGGGCCACUGUGCACCUGUCCCCGUGGCUAUGAGCUGGACACAGAUCAGAGGACCUGCAUCGAUAUUGAUGACUGUGCAGACAGCCCGUGCUGCCAGCAGGUGUGCACCAACAACCCUGGCGGGUACGAGUGCGGCUGCUACGCCGGCUACCGGCUCAGUGCCGAUGGCUGCAGCUGUGAGGAUGUGGACGAGUGCGCCUCCAGCCGUGGUGGCUGCGAGCACCACUGCACCAACCUGGCCGGCUCCUUCCAGUGCUCCUGCGAGGCUGGCUACCGGCUGCACGAGGACCGUAGGGGCUGCAGCCCCCUGGAGGAGCCGGUGGUGGACCUGGAUGGUGAGCUGCCCUUCGUGCGGCCCCUGCCCCACAUCGCCGUGCUCCAGGAGCAGCUGCCGAGACUCUUCCAGGAUGACGACAUCGGGGCCGACGAGGAAGAGGCAGAGUUGCGGGGUGAACACACACUCACAGAGAAGUUUGUCUGCCUGGACGACUCCUUUGGCCACGACUGCAGCUUGACCUGUGAUGACUGCAGGAAUGGAGGGACCUGCCUCCCGGGCCUGGAUGGCUGUGACUGCCCCGAGGGCUGGACUGGGCUCAUCUGCAAUGAGACUUGUCCUCCGGACACCUUCGGGAAGAACUGCAGCUUCUCCUGCAGCUGUCAGAAUGGUGGGACCUGCGACUCUGUCACGGGGACCUGCCGCUGCCCCCCGGGUGUCAGUGGAACUAACUGUGAGGAUGGCUGCCCCAAGGGCUACUAUGGCAAGCACUGUCGCAAGAAAUGCAACUGUGCCCACCGGGGCCGGUGCCACCGCCUCUACGGGGCCUGCCUCUGUGACCCAGGGCUGUACGGCCGCUUCUGCCACCUCACCUGCCCGCCGUGGGCCUUUGGGCCGGGCUGCUCGGAGGAGUGCCGGUGUGUGCAGCCCCACACGAGGUCCUGUGACAAGAGGGAUGGCAGCUGCUCCUGCAAGGCCGGCUUCCGGGGCGAGCACUGUCAGGCAGAGUGUGAGCCGGGCUACUUUGGGCUGGGGUGCCGGCAGGCAUGCACCUGCCCAGUGGGUGUGGCCUGUGACCCCGUGAGCGGCAAGUGUGGGAAGCAGUGUCCGGCUGGCUUCCGGGGAGAGGAUUGCGACCAAGAGUGUCCAGUGGGGACGUUUGGCGUGAACUGCUCGGGCUCCUGCUCCUGUGGGGGGGCCCCCUGCCACGGGGUCACAGGGCAGUGCCGGUGUCCGCCGGGGAGGACUGGGGAAGACUGUGAGGCAGAUUGUCCCGAGGGCCGCUGGGGGCUGGGCUGCCAGGAGAUCUGCCCAGCAUGCCAGCACGGUGCCCACUGCGACCCUGAGACUGGAGCCUGCCUGUGCCUCCCUGGCUUCGUCGGCAGCCGCUGCCAGGACGUGUGCCCAGCAGGCUGGUUUGGUCCCAGCUGCCAGACAAGGUGCUCUUGUGCCAAUGAUGGGCACUGCCACCCAGCCACCGGACACUGCAGCUGUGCCCCCGGGUGGACUGGCUUUAGCUGCCAGAGAGCCUGUGAUAGUGGUCACUGGGGGCCUGACUGCAGCCACGUCUGCAACUGCAGCGCUGGCCACGGGAGCUGUGAUGCCAUCAGUGGCCUGUGUCUGUGCGAGGCUGGCUACGUGGGCCCGCAGUGCGAGCAGCGGUGUCCACAGGGCCACUUCGGGCCCGGCUGUGAGCAGCGGUGCCAGUGUCAGCAUGGAGCAGCCUGUGACCAUGUCAGUGGGGCCUGCACCUGCCCAGCCGGCUGGAGGGGCACCUUCUGCGAGCGUGCCUGCCCGGCCGGUUUCUUUGGAUUGGACUGUCGCCAUGCUUGCAACUGCACCGCCGGAGCUGCCUGCGACGCCGUGAAUGGCUCCUGCCUCUGCCCCGCUGGCCGCCGGGGCCCCCGCUGUGCUGAGACUUGCCCAGCCCACACCUACGGGCAUAAUUGCAGCCAGGCCUGUGCUUGCUUUAACGGGGCCUCCUGUGACCCUGUCCACGGGCAGUGCCACUGUGCCCCUGGCUGGAUGGGGCCCUCCUGCCUGCAGGCCUGCCCUGCCGGCCUGUACGGCGACAACUGUCGACAUUCCUGCCUCUGCCAGAAUGGAGGGACCUGUGACCCUGUCUCAGGCCACUGUGCGUGCCCGGAGGGCUGGGCCGGCCUGGCCUGUGAGAAGGAGUGCUUCCCCGGGCACGUCGGAGCUGGCUGCCCACACAGCUGCGGUUGCCUCAACGGGGGCCGGUGUGACCCACACACGGGCCGCUGCCUCUGCCCGGCCGGCUGGACUGGGGACAAGUGUCAGAGCCCCUGCCUGCAGGGCUGGUUUGGAGAGGCCUGUGCCCAGCGCUGCAGCUGUCCACCUGGCGCUGCCUGCCACCAUGUCACUGGGGCCUGCCGCUGUCCCCCUGGCUUCACUGGCUCUGGCUGCGAACAAGCCUGCCCGCCCGGCAGCUUUGGGGAGGACUGUGCACGGAUGUGCUGGUGUCCCGGUGAGAACCCAGCCUGCCACCCUGCCACUGGGAUCUGCUCAUGUGCUGCUGGCUACCACGGCCCCAGCUGCCGGCAACGAUGCCCGCCCGGGCGGUACGGGCCAGGCUGUGAACAGCUGUGUGGGUGUCUCAACGGGGGCUCCUGUGAUGCGGCCACGGGGGCCUGCCACUGCCCCGCCGGGUUCCUCGGGGCGGACUGCAGCCUCACCUGUCCGCAGGGCCGCUUCGGCCCCAACUGCACCCAUGUGUGUGUGUGUGGGCAUGGGGCGGCCUGCGACCCUGUGACCGGCACCUGCCUCUGCCCCCCGGGGAGAGCCGGCGUCCGUUGUGAGCAAGGCUGCCCCCAGAACCGGUUUGGCAUGGGCUGUGAGCACACCUGCUCCUGCAGAAACGGGGGCCUGUGCCACGCCACCAACGGCAGCUGCUCCUGUGGCCUGGGCUGGACAGGGCUGCACUGUGAGCUGGCCUGUCCCCCUGGGCGCUAUGGAGCCGCCUGCAGUCUGGAGUGCUCCUGCCACAACAAUAGCACGUGCGAACCCACCACGGGCACCUGCCGCUGCGGCCCCGGCUUCUACGGCCAGGCCUGCGAGCACCCCUGUCCCCCUGGCUUCCAUGGGGCUGGCUGCCAGGGGGUGUGCCAGUGUCAACAUGGAGCCCCCUGUGACCCCAUCAGUGGCCAGUGCCUCUGCCCCGCCGGCUUCCACGGCCACUUCUGUGAGAGUGGGUGUGAGCCAGGUUCAUUUGGAGAGGGCUGCCACCAGCGGUGUGACUGCGAUGGGGGGGCACCCUGUGACCCUGUCACCGGUCUCUGCCUUUGCCCACCAGGGCGCUCAGGAGCCACUUGUAACCUGGAUUGCGGAAGGGGCCAGUUCGGGCCCAGCUGCACCCUGCGCUGUGACUGCGGGGGUGGUGCUGACUGCAGCCCUGUCAGUGGGCAGUGUCACUGUGUGGAUGGCUACAUGGGGCCCACAUGCCGGGAAGGUGGGCCCCUCCGGCUCCCCGAGAGCCCGUCCUUAGCCCAGGGCCCAGUAGCCACACUGCCCGCCUCCAGCAGACCCACAUCCCAGAGCAGUGGACCAGCGAGGCACUAGCAGAGGCGGCCCCGAGGAGCCCGCCUCUCCAUUCCAGCCAGAGGGGACCCAGGCCUUUGGUGACUACUGAGGACACUUCAUGGGCCCAGAGCUCUUGGUACUGCCCUUCCUCUGAGGGCCGUGGAGGGCUGUGGACAGCCCAGCAACCUGUUGCUCUUGGAGGCUGGUGUGGCGUUGAGGAGGGAAGCCUUGCAUGGCCGCUGGAAGAGAUGCGCCGCCUGGCCUGGCUCUGCAGAACCCAGGGGCACGCUCUGGGCCUAGGCUGAGAAAGCCCCUCUCCCUGCGGCUCUGAGUCGGGCUGAGGACAGGUGUGGGCGCCAGUGUGGGCGCAGGUGCAGGCACAGGGCCACUGUCCUCCAGGCAGGCUUUUUGGUGCUAGGCCCUGGGACUUUAAGUUGCCCAGCCCGUAUUUAUGUAAAGGUAUUUAUGGGCCACUGCACAUGCCCGCUGCAACCCUGGGAUCAGCUGGAAGCUGCCUGUCAUCUGCCCGAUCCCCAGAAACCCUGAUUCAGGUCUGCAAGGUUCUGUGGGCUCACCAGGCUGCCGGCUCCGGUACCAUGUAAACCCAGGAAGGUAAAGGAGCAGGCAGCCUCCUCGUGGCCUGUGUGUUUGCUGCGUGACGUGGACUCUGUGUGGGCUCCUCCCUGGGGCCUGGCCAGGAUAAGGGUGCACAAGGGGACCUCCCGGUGUACCUGGGACCCUUUGCAGGGGUGGGGGUGCCACACAAGUGAAGAAGUUGGGACUCAUCUCAGUUCCCGGUGCUGUUGGGGAGAACACUGGCGCUGCAUUCAUUACCACUGAGACCCAGAGAGUGGCUGGCCCCGAAGAAUGGCCCAAGGGGAGGAAGGCUGGUGUGGAGGGGCAACUUGGACUGAGGCCGAACUCCCUUGGGCCCACCCCACCCACCGCUACCUGAGCAUCAGCAGUUGGGGGAGGGCAACAUCACAGGGACAGGGGCAGGGGCUCCCUGGGUGAGUACAGGCCGACCCUCCUGAGCACCUGGCACUCAUGGGCUGAGGCUGAUGUCUCCUGGAAGAAGGGCCCAGAGUGGAUGGUAGAGGCAGAGGGUAGAGGCUGGCUGGGGACUCCACUGCAGGGUGGGGUGGCCAAUGGAGAGGGCUGCACUCAGACUGCAACACAGGACACUCUCUCCCUUGAGAAGGCCCCCUUAGGGUCUGGGCUGCUGCCCCCCAUCACCCUAAAACCAGCCAAGGUAGCUGAGGCCCCAGGGCAGAGGAUUUCACCAGCAGGAGGAAGAGGAGUCCAGUGAGCUUGGUUGCUCACAGACGGCAAGGGAGCUGUCACAGAGGAAGCCGACGAAUGGACUGCCUUGGGGAGACUUUGAAGUAAAACAGUGAUAAGGGAGGGCAGGAUGGUGGGGAUGCAGGAGCAGCAGACAGAGAGAUGGACUGCGGUGCAAUGGAGUGUGGAAAACGCACACCUGGAAAUGAAGCCUCCAGCAGGUGGGGUGAGUGGAUACAGCUCAGGAGAUUCUCCCAGGAAUAGCAGGGAGGCAUAAAGAGAGACAACGUACAGAAGAUAGACGAAUGGAAAUGGAUAAGGGAGAUGUUCAUUCACCUCCAUCUAACUGCAAAAUACAAAAAUAAGAAGUCAUUGACAUGAAGCAACGAUGACCAAGACAUUCUCAGAUCUAAAGGUGAAUGGUCUCAGCCAGACUGGAAAUGCACAAGGUGGAAAAAUAACAAAAAAGCCGUAAGACCUUGAAGAACAUCAAUGUCAAAGAUAAAUUCUAAAGUCCCAGAGAAAAAAGAAGAAUGGGAAUCGAAUUGACCUCAGACUUUACGCGAGAAACACGGGGAGCCGGAAAACUGUGAUGUUCCAUCCUCAGAGUUUGAAGGAAAUAUUUGAAGCCUGAAUUUUAUGUCCAGCUAAACUAUCAAGGGCAUGCAAUGUCCAUGUUAUUCUUAGGCCUUCAAGCCCUUGGCCGUUUUUCUACAGAAAAGCCUGAUUUGAAAAUGCUCUUAGAGACGUUCUCCAGCCAGAAGAGAAAGCAGCCAGGAGGGUGCUAUGAGAUAUUCAGUCACCACAGUUCCCAAAUGGCCUAGCAAUUCAGAGAAUCAAAAUAUCCCCAUUACUCCCCAGUGGGAACGCCCGACAGUCUCAGCAUGGUGUGAGGGUGUGGACGGGGCAGGUGCCAGUCACUCAUCCCGCUCACUGCAGACACGUGUUCAGCUACAGGAAGCCACGAGGCAGGCUGAGCUUCUGCCCACCCGGAGGAAAUCUCAACGGCAGUCAGGAACGGAGGAGAAUGAAGCAGAAUAACUAGAAAACGGGCUCACGGAUCCUAAUGUUAACGGUUACAAAUGACGAUGGAUAAACAAACUCCUGACCGUAUAUUAUAUAGUUUCAAAUAGCUAGAAGGAGGAUAUUGGAUGUUCUCAACACACAUAAUAAACGUUUGAGAUGAUGAUAUGCUCAUUACCCUGAUUUGAUCACUAGACAUCCCAUGUAUCAAACAUCACUGUGUAUCCAAUGAAUGGCUAUAAUUAUUGUCAAUUAAAAACAUUAAACACAGACUAGACUGCAUUAAAAA